GUGUAAUUUUCAUUCUUUAAUCUGAGCCCUUCAUUGACCAGCCUCCACACUUCCAAUUUCACACUGCUUUUCUCCCUUCAAAAUCUCCCACCCAUCUUUACAUCUUCUUUCUUCAAUCUUUAAUUUCAAUUUAAUUGAUUUCUUCCUUUCAUACUCAAUUAGCUGCUUCAAUUAAUUCUCAAACGACCCUUCACUCAACUUUUAAUUUACAGUUUGAUCUUGGGUUUUGCGUGCUCGUCUUCAACCCCAACAAAUUUAUCAAUGGAAGCACAAACCCUCUCUUCUCCAUGGCAGUUCACCUGUGACUUAGAAGUAAAUUUUGAAUCAGAUGAGAAGGCGUACAUUGUGUAUGCAGCUCUAAAUGUUGAUAAAGAGUUGCAACCAGAUAAAGUAAAGAGGGUGCUGUCAGUUUCCAAUGGAAAGCUUGUAGCGCAUUUCGAAGCAGUAGAAGCUAGAUUUCUUCGUGCAUCGUUCAGUGCUUUUGUGGAUGUUCUGACUCUUGCAACGAGAACUAUCGAGGAAUUCAGUCCAGAAAAGGGAAUUUGAGACCUGGACUUUAGGUUAGAAACUAUGAUCUUAUUUAUCCAGACUCAUGUUGCUCGAAAUCAUUUUCAAUCAUUGAUGGCCCUUAUACAACCAGUUGCUUUACCAGAAGUGGGCUGUCUUGAGAAGAUGCUGUACUCAGCUACUUAGUAUAAUUGAUUGUGUAUACAAGCAUGCUCUCAUGAUAUAGCUUGUAGUUCAUUCUAUUUUUUAAAAAAAUAAAAAGUUUGUAAUUCUUCAGAGCCACUUAGCUAGUACUAAAUCUAAUUUGAAGAAAAAAAAACAGGGUGUUAACUUGAAGGUUAUUUUAUCUCCUGUAUGCAUGUACUCGAUUUUUUCUUCAUCAACCUCGCUGUUGCUGUGUUAAUUAUUGUUUUAUUGAAAAUGAGAUUCAUUUUGUU